AUGACGUGGACCACACUGCAGGGCAGUGGAGGAGAGGGCGAGGGACAGGAGACCUGUGCCAGAGAGGGAGUGACACAGAGAUGUUCAGCAACAGGAAAAUUCCUGUGCAACUCUACAUCACAGCUUCAAGGAGCAUGGACAAAGUUUUAUUCCAAAGAUAAACUGCUAGUCUUUACUGUAGCAACUAAAGAAACCGACGGCUUUCACCGUUUCAUGCAAACUGCAAAGCACUUCAACUACACAGUGAAGGUUCUUGGAAAAGGUGAAGAGUGGAAAGGUGGUGAGCUGCCUAACUCUAUUGGUGGAGGGCAGAAGGUUCGAUUGCUGAAAGAAGGCAUAGAAAGCUAUGCUGAUCAAGAGGACUUGGUUGUAUUGUUUGUUGAAUGCUAUGAUGUUAUCUUUGCAGGGGGCCCCGAAGAGCUCCUAAAGAAAUUUCAGGAAACUAAUCAUAAAGUGGUGUUUGCAGCAGAUGGACUAAUUUGGCCAGAUAAAAGGCUAGCUGACAAGUAUCCUGUUGUCCGGAGUGGAAAACGAUUCCUGAACUCAGGAGGAUUUAUUGGUUAUGCUCCAUAUAUAAAUCGUAUUGUGCAGCAAUGGAAUCUGCAGGAUAAUGAUGAUGACCAGCUGUUUUACACCAAAAUCUAUGUUGACCCAUUGGCAAGGGAACGCAUUAACAUUACUUUGGACCACAAAUGUACAAUUUUUCAGACCCUAAAUGGAGCUGUUGAUGAAGUCCUUUUGAAAUUUGAAGAAGGAAGAGUAAGAGCAAGGAAUUCAGUGUAUGACACACUACCAGUCACCAUUCAUGGAAAUGGUCCAACUAAAAUUCACUUGAAUUAUUUGGGAAACUAUAUUCCUAAUGCUUGGACACGGGAAACUGGUUGCAGUGUUUGUGAUUUAGACUUGUUAGACCUGUCAACAUUAACGGAAUAUCCAAGAGUAAAAAUUGGUGUUUUCAUUGAACAACCAACUCCUUUCCUACCUAAAUUUUUAGACAGACUGUUGACUCUGGACUACCCACGGGAGGCACUCAGUAUCUUCGUUCAUAAUAAUGAGGUUUACCAUGAAAAGCACAUCAAGAAAUUCUGGGAAAAAGCCAAGAAUAUUAUCAAAAAUAUAAAAAUUGUUGGACCUGAAGAAAAUCUGAGUCAAGCAGAAGCCCGAAACAUGGGAAUGGACCUUUGUCGCCAGGAUAAAGCAUGUGAAUAUUACUUAAACAUAGAUGCAGAUGUUGUGCUGACAAACCCAAAAACUUUAAGAAUACUGAUAGAACAGAACAGAAAGAUAAUUGCUCCGCUUGUAACUCGUCACGGGAAGCUUUGGUCUAAUUUCUGGGGUGCUUUGAGCCCAGAUGGCUACUAUGCCCGAUCAGAAGAUUAUGUUGAUAUUGUCCAAGGGAACAGAGUAGGAGUAUGGAAUAUCCCUUACAUGGCUAAUAUAUACUUAAUUAAGGGACAAACUCUCAGAUCAGAGAUGAAAGAAAAGAACUACUUCAUGCGUGAUAAGUUGGAUCCUGAUAUGGCACUCUGCAGGAAUGCCAGGGAAAUGGGUGUUUUCAUGUACAUUACCAACAGACAUGAAUUUGGAAGACUUCUUUCUACAGCCAAUUACAAUACUUCCCACUACAACAAUGACCUCUGGCAGAUAUUUGAAAAUCCUGUGGACUGGAAGGAAACUUAUAUAAAUCCAAACUACUCAAAGAUCUUCACUGAUAAUAUAGUAGAACAGCCAUGUCCAGAUGUGUUUUGGUUUCCCAUAUUUUCUGACGCUGCCUGUGACGAACUGGUAGAAGAAAUGGAACAUUUUGGACAAUGGUCUGGUGGAAAACACCAGGACAGCCGUAUUUCUGGAGGUUAUGAAAAUGUCCCAACUGAUGAUAUUCAUAUGAAGCAAAUCGGACUGGAUAAUGAAUGGCUGCAUUUCAUAAGGGAGUUCAUUGCACCAGUAACGCUGAAGGUGUUUGCUGGCUAUUAUACCAAGGGGUAUGCAUUACUGAAUUUUGUUGUGAAAUACAGCCCUGACAGACAACGGUCACUCAGACCUCAUCAUGAUUCCUCCACGUUCACAAUCAACAUCGCUCUCAACAAAGUAGGAGAGGACUUUCAAGGAGGUGGAUGUAAAUUUAUUAGGUACAACUGCUCCAUUGAGUCUCCCAGGAAAGGAUGGAGUUUCAUGCACCCAGGAAGACUUACACAUUUACACGAAGGACUUCCUAUCUUGAAUGGCACAAGAUACAUUGCAGUAUCAUUUAUUGAUCCUUAAUUUUAUUUUUUUUUUCCCUCUUCAACAGCAGUGUUCUUUACACAAACGUUUAUUUAUAGAUUUCUUCUGGAAGAUGGUGAUAAAAGAAACUUUAAGUUCUUGUACCUACGCAACAAAGGUACUUUGGGGAAAAAGAAUGAAAACCAGAAAAUAUUCUGAUAUUGUUGAAGAUUUCUUGAUAUCUGCUCUGAGCCUUCAGUCACAAAUAAAUGUGUCCUGCUUGUUUUUCCAUUCUGCUGACCUAAAGAGUAGGUAAGGAGGGCAAAUGGAAAAGCAUAGUGAAUCCAUUUCUUCGUUGAGAAAAAAACAAACCCAAACAACUCUAGAUACAAAAUCAUCGGAAAAAAUUGUUGUGGUUUUCAUUCAGUAAAGCGACACAGCUAAAGUUUGUGUGGUCUGUAUAUUUGGUACCAAGCAGUGAAAAAUCACAACAUAAAAACGAAAUGAAGUGCAUCUUGUUUACAGUUGUUUCGGAUAAGCAAUAAUUGCAUAUGCCGGUAUAUACUGAAGGGAAAAUAUCCCCGUAGCCUGUUUCCUUAAUUCAUUUUCAAUACUGAAAUGUACACCUGUAGAAGAAAAAAUAAAUUAAUUGCAGAGAUAGAACAAGGAUUAAAUCAUUUAUCCAGGGGAAAAAAUGGUUUAUCAUUUGUUUUUGAGAACUCAUCCUGUUGAAAACUUACUUUUCUUCAGCAAGUGACCUUCAUUUAAAGUGAGUUAUUUUUCUAAGUGUGUAAUUGCACCCAAUUGAUACUGGAAAUUUGAUGUUUAUUUUCAGAAUACUGGUAAAUUGUAAUAAUAGGAUGUUUUGUAGAGACAAUUUUCUACUCUUAAAAUUACUUGAAUUUUGUAUCAGGAAGAUGAAAUGGUGGCAGUCUCUCUUUAAAGCUAAGGGUUUUAACUUGACAUUUAUUUUAAAGAAAUUGGUUUAAAAUAUUCCUACUGUAUCUACUGUUUGUAAUUUAAAGAAACUUGAAGCUGUCUCAAAGUCUACAGUGCCAAAAUGCACAACAUGUUGGAAAAACUUGUGAAAAAUAAAGGGUAAUUUUAAAUUAA